AUGUCGUCUCCUCCCAGCACCCCCACGCACCGCCCGACGUCGUCGCACCGUCGACACCCCUCCAGCCUGGACAUGUCCCUCAACACACAGUCGAGACGGCAGUCGUUCAACCGCCGCUCCUCGGGCUACUCGCCUAUAACGCCGCGCUCAUCGCAUGAAUUCGAACACAGCCCCGCACACCAAUUCGACGGCGGAGGAGACGGCAAUGGCCUGGGCAACUUGGCCGACGAACUCGGCGAGGUGUGGGACGACGACGAAGAAGAGGGCAUGGAUGGCGAAUAUGGCGAGGAACCCGACGAAGCACACGACCAAAACAUCGGCACUGCUGUAGAACACGAUGGCUCGUACGGCGUAGACAGCGCAGCUAGCCUCAACGGCGUACGGGAUAGUGGGGUUGCCAUGCAGGACUCAUCGCCCGCGCGCCUGAGUCCAGGGUCGGCCGUUAAGACGAAAAAGCACGCAAGGCAACGGUCGCUGUACGACGGCUCCGACUAUGGCGACGACUCGGACCUGGAGAACGAGGGCAUCUCGCCCGCGCUCGACGCGCGCAUGGCUGCGAUUGAGAGUCUGGCACGGAGAGGCAUCGAGGAGAAUGGAAGCGCAUCAGACGAGGUAGUCAAGAGGGUCACGCAACAACUUCGCGAUCUCGGCAGCCAGAUCGCCAUGGAGAACGGUGCGACGAGGUUAAAGACUGCCCACGAAGCCCUGACAACGCAUCUGACACACCAGUCGCGUACUCUUACCUCCAUUGCCGUGUCCCUUUCAGGCCCAUUUGCCAUCCUUCCAGACCCAGAUGAUAUCGAAGAACUCCUCCCUAUCAUACAAUCCACACUGGAGCUGCUGCCCCACCCUUCCGCCGAUCCGCUCGUCGCGCUCUCCCAUCUCACCCACUCCAGCCGUGAGCUCAUCCAACACCUCUCAAACGUCAGCGAUACUCUACACAUGUCUCGGCAAACGACAGCGAAUGCUGCUAGGCGGCUCAAGGUUAGCAAAGAACAGCUACAGGACUGGAAACGUGACAACGAGAAGACACAGGAAGGACAGGAAUAUAUCGAGCGCGGGGACUGGGACCGACGACUCAAGGAAAGGGAGGCAAAACGGGCUUGCGCAAACGUGCUAGAUGGUUUCGAGGAUGUCUGUGGACAAUGGAGGAAGAGGCUCUGCGAAGGUCUAGGCGUUGCGAGUGCGUAG